AUGUUCCAUAGAAAUAGAAGUAGAUCAAGAUACAUCCACCCUGAACGCAGAAACUAUCAAGAUGACAUUGGGUACAUUCAAGACAUCACUGAACCUUUUCAACAAAUCACUCUUAGGAAGAUAGGAAAAGUCAAAGAACCAAAAUUAUCACCCGAGGACCCGAUCAUUAAGGGUGAUGGAUUAAAUCGAAGCGAUCUUGCACUUGAUAAUGUAUUAUCUGUGAAACAACACGAGCAAUGUGAAAAUAAUACUGAAGCACUCAAGAGAAAGUGUGAAAUGAUAUCGACUGAUUUCAAAGACUUCCACCAGAACUCCUGA